UCUUACAUCUAUCUAUCUUACUUACCUACUUGCAGAUUAUCAUUUGCUGAAUCCCUUGAAUCCCUAGUCAUUCAAUCCCAUUCUCAUGUCUAUCUACAGAAGUCAUUUCUUGUCAAAGUCAAGCAUAUUCUCUAUCCCUAUCCCUUUUACUCUUCGGAAACCUCUCUCUCCUUCUCACUCUCACUCCCCUAUCAUCAAAUUGUCAAUCAGUGCACCAACAAUGUCUACGUCCAAUCAAGCAUUAGUCCUCAAAAAGCAAAUUGAACUUCUCCAAAAGAAAUACACCGCAUGUGAUAUUGCAGAUGCUCUUGUCAAGCUCAAAGUGUCAGGUGCCGGUUUCCUUCCCGACCUCAAACCUGCUUUUACUUCAAUAUCUGAAUCUUUCAACACAAUUACUAUUGCUCCUGUUUCAACUGUUAUUUUUGCCGCAAAAAAUAGCACAGAUCUCUCCAAUUACCCCACCGCAAACAUUCCCACUGAUAAGCAUUGGGUCGAUCUCACCGUGUCUGACUCGAUCGUGAUUAUCAGUCAACCCGAGGGACAAAAGAAUGCCGUGCUAGGUGGAAUCAUGGCGAUGAGGGCUCAGGUUCUUGGCGCAAAAGGUGUGGUCGUUAGUGGAAGGGUCAGAGAUCUUCAAGAGUUAGAGGCUACUGGAAUACCUGUAUGGUCCCGUGGCACAUCAAUUGUUGGGGCUGGUGCUGAAUCCAAGCCCCACGCUGUUCAAGUGGCGUUGAGAAUUGACGGCACAGACAUUCACCCUGGAGAUUUGGCAUUUUGCGAUCCUGACAAUGGCGUGGUCAUCAUUCCACAAGGAAAGAUAGCCGAUGUUGUCUCCAUUCUGCCAGAUCUUGUUGCAGCGGAUGAUCGUGUAAAAGAAGAAGUCAUGAAAGGAAUGUCGGCCCAAGAAGCAUUCAAAAAGCAUCGAGGAUGAUAGUCUGUUGAAGAUGCAUGCUUAAGUCACUGUGGUUGCUAUGUUUUUAUUAUACGCUGUUAUUUUUGGCUGCCAUGAUGCCAUGCAAAUAAAAAUGAAACUUGGGCUGCAUUCUUAGACAACCUCGCGGCUUUUGGUCUGGCUACUUUCACGAUAGUACCUUAGAAGUAUAGAACACAUACGACGGCCUCAUCUAAACAUGGUAUUUGAGGGGAAUAUAGCUCGCAGUAAACACUACAAUCGUUUAAACACG